UGAUUUAAAAAUAAAAACAAAAAAUUGUAUUCACAAAAAACCCUCAACAUCCGCUCUUCUACCUCUCCGCCCGUAACUUUGCUUACAAUGACGAUGAAGGCAUCUUUGAAGGGUAGGUACGACACAGACAAGAGCGGCGCCGCCGCUAACGUCGCCGUUUUCGCCAGCGACGUCAAGCUCCGAGCUUCUCUCACCGAUGCCACCGUCGUCGGUGGCCCCAGCCUCAACGGCUUGGUUCUCGCCGUCGAAAAACCCGGCGUCUUCAUCGUCGACUACAACGUCCCCAAAAAGGACUUUAGGUUUCAGUUUAUGAACACAAUUAGGGUUGCAGAAAAGCCCUUGAAUUUGACUUACAUUCACAGCAAAGGUGACAACAGGACUAUUUUGGACGGGACUCUGGUGCUUAAUCCGGCCAACAAGGUCUCGGCCAAUCACGUACUCGGCACCGGAAAUGGGAAGCUCAAGUACAGUUAUCUGCACGGUGGGGUGACCACGUUCGAGCCUAGCUAUGAUGUGGCCAAGAAUUCGUGGGAUUUUGCGGUUUCGAGGAGGGUUUAUGGUGAUGAUGUGUUCAGGGCUAGUUACCAGACUUCGAGCAAGCUCUUGGGGCUGGAAUGGUCGAGGAAUUCGAAAGUGAAUGGCUCUUUCAAGGUGUCAGCAUCUGUCAACUUGGCCGAGGAACGUAAAGUGCCUAAGUUAACAGCUGAGAGUACUUGGGAUUUUGAGAUAUGAAGUAAUCUGAUUUGUUCCAUUUGCCAUCAAAAUUUCUUAUAGUCUGGUGAACAGCUUAUGAUUGGCUGCUGUUGGCUUAAAAACAUCUUUUGGCUGUUGGAUAGUGUGUUUUUAUUAGUGAGAUUCACAAUUGGCAGCUUGAUACUAGCAUUAUUGAAACUAGUAAUAACCUAAAAUACGAUUUGUUGAUC